AUGCAAGACGCGGACGAUGGCGAAGAGGAGGGCGAGGAGGUUGAAGAUGAUGACAGUGAUAUGCCAAAGAAGUGCCCAAGCAAGAGCCUGAAUCGUGAGAACAUCCUAUGGAGGUCGGUCCAAGGUGGACAACUUAUUGACAGCCUUUCCAGACAUACGAAGCGACAGCCGGCCGUUGCACAGCUUGCCGCUGAUGUGAGGAAAACCUCAUCAACACCGCAGCCCUCGUUCAAAGCAGGCACGCCAGCAGAGGCAAGGGCUGGGUCACAACAACCGAAUGAAAGACCUGGUACAGACUAUCCAGCGCGUCACACCUCCAAAAUCGAUGUCAAUGGCAACCCUGUGCACCCUACGACUGGCAAGCCCAUUCUAUCUACCGAUUUUGACACAGACUUUGCGUCCGAAUCCUCCAAGCCCUGGCGGAAACCGGGCGCAGACACAACCGACUACUUUAAUUAUGGUUUUGAUGAGUUUACAUGGGCCUCAUAUUGCCUGAAGCAACAGACAAUGCCCAAAGAGAUCAAGGAGAUUACCCAACAAGCGGAACAGAUGAAGGCCUUUGUCGAGGGCAUCCCAGGUGGCGGUAUGCCUGGCAUGCCUCCCAUGCCGAGUGCGCCGGGAGCAGAUAUGUCUCAAAUGGCCAUGCCCAGCGAAUCUCAAAUGCAGCAAAUGUUUGCUGCCAUGACAUCCCAAGGCUUGGACCCGUCCGCCAUGGAUCCCUCCCAAUUCAUGCAGUUCAUGGCAGGAGGAGGUGGUAUGAUGGGACAGCCACAACCUCCUACAGGACCAUCUGCAGGAUUCGCUGGCGGCGGCGGCGGCUAUGAUGGAGGCUUCGGUCGAGGUGGAGGCAGAGGGAAGGGUGGAAGGAGAAACUGGUAG